CAAAAACCAGAUUGAAAAAUCAUCAGCCGGGAUUUUCUUCUUCUUCAGCAUGAAAUGGCAUCCGUUUGUUCUUUCAGAUCCUAUUCUCUGUACAAUCUCCAGUCCUCGAUUCGAGGAGGCAAGCUUCGGGUUCCUUCGAAUUUCGUUGUGUUCAGACCGGGAUUAGCUCUCAGACCCGACAAGUUGAUAUGCGUCCGGGUCGAAAUAGCUCGAGCGUUCGUGUGCAAAGCGGCUGGUGAUUCCUCGAAUCCUGACGAAGUUCAAGAGACCCAGUACGAUGUUGUUGCUACUCAGAGUAACACUGCCUCGGAUUCCAUGACUUCGAUUUCGAGGUUUCAGAGUAUGAUUAGGUCUUCCCCUCCUGUCGUCUUUGUGAUGAAAAGAUGCUCCAGGAACAGCAUUUGGAUCGGAGUCUGCAUUUUCGCUGCUGUUUUCCUAGCUGCUGUCCGAGCAUAUGCGAUAAGACGGUCACGACAUAACUCUACCACUGGUUCUGUUGCCGAUCUCGUAAGACGUGGACAGCUGAGAUCGGAUAGAAGAGGCAUCUCGAAGCCUCUUAGGUACGACGAUCCAUUCAAUAACCCGUUUGUGAAGAUCGGUAAGAGCAGCUCAACUGUAGAGAUGUGCGGGAAAGUUUAUAAGCUUGCUCCCGUCACACUUACCGAGGAACAACAGAGUAUUCAUCAGAGAAGAAGGUCGAGAGCUUAUCAAUGGAAGAGACCUACCGUGUUCUUGAAAGAAGGAGAGUCAAUACCCCCCGAUGUUGACCCGGAUACAGUGAGAUGGAUCCCGGCCAAUCAUCCUUUCGCGACAACUGUUAGCGACAUCGAUCAAGAGCUGGCCCAGAACAAUGUGUAUCUGAAACAUGGCGUUCCAUUCCGGAUUCAAGCUGAGCAUGAAGCUUUGCAGAGGAAGUUUGAAGCUUUACAAAGUCAGGAUGAGAAGCUGAAUAAUCUAAUCAUCGAUGGGCGAAAUGCAAAAGACUUUGAGAGGCCAUACAAGUCAUCAUCCCCCAAACCGGAUGAAUCUAACCAGAAGACUUCAGGAGAGAAUCAUGUCGGUAAUUCAUCCACAGAAGAAGCUCAGAAAUCCUAGGCACUGGUUUUCGUGGCUACCACCUUGAGACUAUGUAGGGUUUCUUUUUUUUGUUUGGUUGGCUUUCUUCGAGUUGCAUACUUUAAGUGUAAAUAGAGUAUAAUGUAGAGACAAAGUCUUGCUUGCUGCCCCGGAAAAUCAAGUUUGUGUUCCAAGAAACUUGAGAGAAUCUCCUCAGCGAAACUGUUUCACCGACAUUAAUAUGCUCUCAGAUCUUCAUGGCGAGCUUUCAUGGAUUCUGCAAAGCCAUAUAAGCCGCCUUGGAUGUUUCUCUACGUUUGGCAUCGCCAGUGUUUUCGUUGCCAGAAAGUUUCUGACACCAAAGGCCAUGCCUUUGGAAGUUUAUCUCCGAGUUCUUUGGACAUUGAAUUCAAGCAAGCUGUCUUCGUCUGACAUUUUCUGCAGUUUUGGAAGAAACCCUCGAAUCUUUAACAUUUCCCAGAUUUCUUCUU